CAGUUUUGCGACGGGGCGGGGCGACGUUUUACGGCCGUGCUGCCGGAAAGCGGGCGGGCGAGGUCGGGGCUUUGGGCCUUGUUCCCCUCAGCCGAUAUGUUUACACCUGUGAAGAAAGUGGAUUUUUUUCAGUGACCAAUGAAUAUGGCCAACCCUUUGAGAGGAGAAGUAUUGACUCUCUAUAAGAACCUGCUGUAUCUCGGGAGAGACUAUCCAAAAGGAGCAGACUAUUUUAGAACUCGCCUGAAGUCCGCCUUUCUCAAAAACAGAGAUGUGAGGGACCCGGAGAAGAUCAAAGAACUCGUCGCCCGAGGAGAAUUCGUAAUAAAAGAGCUCGAAGCCUUGUACUUUCUGAGAAAAUACCGAGCCAUGAAACGACGCUACUACGCAGAAGAGGACAGAGAAAAGUAAUCCUUUCUCUAAUUGAAGUGUAGCGGUUGAGAUGUGAAAGCCUAAAUUCAGAUAAGAGCGAGAGCCUGGUGUUUAUGUAACUCGAAUUCUCACCGCUGAGUGUGAGAGAUUCAGGAUCACGGUCUUAGCUGGACUCACCGCACUGCUGAAAUGUUGUAGUAGUUUCAGACUUUGAGACCAAGAGCUCGAUCAGAGUCUGUGUCCGUUUGUGGUUUCAUCUUGACUAGCAACGGGCACGCCGGUCGGGUGAACCGGAUUUUUAAAAUGUCGGUGGGUCGAGACGGCUUUGAGGAAUUGAUACCUGAGCUUUUAAUGACCCUAAAAUAAAUGUUUUGGAAAAUGGA